AACAUUUAAACAGCUCGAAAGCUGAAUUCAGCAGCAAACAUCAAUGAGGAGUCCAGGCAUGGCUGCGUUUAAGCAACAGAAGGUAGAAGACAUUUAUGAAAUUGGGGAAGAGCUAGGAAGCGGCCAGUUUGCCAUAGUGAAGAAAUGCCAGGAGAAGACCACAGGGGCGGAAUAUGCCGCCAAGUUCAUCAAGAAGCGCCAGAGCCGUGCCAGCCGUCGCGGAGUGAGGCGGGAGGAAAUCGAGCGGGAGGUGAACAUUCUGCAGCAGAUCCUCCAUGCCAACAUUAUCAAGCUGCACGACGUCUAUGAGAACAAGACGGAUGUGGUCCUUAUCCUUGAGCUUGUGUCCGGAGGAGAACUUUUUGAUUUUUUGGCCCAGAAAGAGUCGCUGAGUGAGGAGGAAGCCACCCAGUUCAUUAAGCAGAUCUUAGAUGGGGUCAGCUACCUGCAUGCCAAGAAGAUCGCCCAUUUUGACUUGAAGCCUGAAAAUAUUAUGCUGCUUGGCAAGAAUAUCCCUAUCCCACACAUAAAACUGAUUGAUUUUGGUCUGGCCCAUGAAAUAGAAGAUGGCGUCGAGUUUAAAAACAUUUUUGGGACGCCAGAAUUUGUAGCACCAGAAAUAGUGAAUUACGAACCACUUGGGCUGGCAGCUGAUAUGUGGAGUAUAGGAGUUAUCACUUACAUACUGCUCAGUGGUGCCUCACCAUUCCUCGGCGAGACCAAGCAGGAGACGCUGGCCAACAUCACUGCUGUGAACUAUGAAUUCGACGAGGAAUUCUUCAGCCACACCAGUGACCUGGCUAAAGAUUUUAUUCGGAAGCUUCUGGUGAAAGAUACACGGAAACGUCUCACCAUCCAAGAAGCUCUCACUCAUCCCUGGAUCACGCCAACGGACAAGCGGCAAGCCAUGGUGAGGCGGGAGUCAGUCGUUAACUUGGAAAACUUCAAAAAGCAAUACGCCAGGAGGCGGUGGAAGCUCACUUACAGCAUCGUUGCUCUCUGCAACCAUUUAUCUCGGUCGUUGGUGAGAAAAGUUCGCUUAAUGCAAGAGGAAAGUUUGCGCAACUGCGAAAGUGACCACGAGGAAGACCUUCUGAGCCAACCAGCUGCACCUCGUCAUCUCUUGAGGAGGAGAAGCAGCAUCUCUUAACUGGGUUCUACACGGGAGUAAUGGGCAUCGGACUGAAACGCUAAAAGGCUUAAGAGCACAGCUCUCGGCCCACCGACCCCUGAGCCUCAGAGGCAUUUUUCUUUAACCAAAGCAUGGAAGCAUAAACCAAAUACCUCAUGUAGGGAGAGAGUCAGGAGACAAGAAGAAGCCAUCUCACCACCUGUUUUACUGUCAGGAAAUCUUCACGCAGAGGGGAAAACAGUGGGUCCUAGGAUACCAGGCUUCAGGUCUGGGAAAUCAGGAUUUUACUGUCCUAACUUUAAGAUUGUGUGCAGUGAUAUGCAGCAACCUGCUGUGGAAGUGACAAGGGGCCAGUUCCACACCUUGUGUCAAAUCACUGCUAUCCCAUCAUGGUAACGCUCUAUCCCCUUUGAGCAUUUAUACCUGGCCGGACACACAAUGACAUUUGUUGUGGUAUUUUGGAUAAUGUGGAAUAAAAAGCAGAGAAUAACACUAUGGAAGCGGAAUACGGAAUGUGUAAUGUGCCCCAACAGUUAUCAGUGCACUUCAAUACCACUAUAAAGCAGCCGUGUAGAUCUAGGCCAGGUAGCAAAUGGAUUGCUAAUCGCGGCAACACUCGGACCAAUCUAUGGUACAUGGAACAGCGAACGAUUGCAGUCACGUUCCAGUUUUUCAUCGACGAGACAUCGGCGGGGGGAAGUCGGAUCACUGGAAAAAGUGUAUUGGCAUAUUGCAAGCGGGCCUCGCCUGCUGGUCUGCUUUGCAUUGCCAAUGGCUUCUUUUUGGAUGGUCAGAUCAAGCACACCCAGGCUGCAAUCUUAUACCCGUUUACCUGAGAACAAGUCAAUUGGACUUUGUACUGAGUAGACCUAGAGAGGAUUGCACUUUUGCUAGGGAGUAAACAAUCCUCAUGGAACUCAGUGGGACUUUGAGCAACCACCAUGCUGAAUCCUGUGCUGUAAAUCUGUAGUUUCCCCUCCCCCAACAUUUAUUUCAUUCUGAGAUU